GCCCCUUUUAUUUUUUUCUAUUUUUCUCUUUCUCUAUUCAAAAAAAUUCACACACGGAUGGAUAAAACUAUACUUGAUUAUGAUAAAAACCUCCAAGAAUUAGAAGUUCAACGUGAAAAACUUGAAAAAGUUAUGCAAAUGAUGGGUCAGGAAUGGGAAGAAAGUGGUGCAGGCAUCGGAUGGUUAGGUUCUCUUGAUCUUCCAACCAUUCCAACAACAGAGGAAUCAAUAGCAAUGACAACAACAAGGUGUAUUGAAAACAAAACACACCCGUUUAUGAACAAUAUGUUAUCAGAAAAUACAGGUCCUUCACCUGAAUAUCUUCAAUCGCUGUUAAAUGUUAACGAAACUCUGCUGGCUCAGAGUCUUGCCAAUACACACAGCACACCCUUGUUAACACCAGAAGAGAACUCGUCCAAUGGCUUACAAUCUCCACUUUUAACACCCACAAAUACCCAAUCUGAUUACAUGGGAAAUCUUGAUCCUCAUUCUGAAUUGAUUCUUCCUACUCUUGAAAAAUUUUCUUGUUCAAAUAGUUAAUAUCCCCCCUCAUGGCAUUAGAAUUUAAAUAAAUAAAAAUUACACACACAUAAA